UAGUAUGCUUAUUGUUCAACAGAUAUAAGAUGACUGGAAGAGACCUUCGAGGAUUUAUUACGACACACAGAAGUAGCGAUAUAGACAACCUCGUUGUUCGUGUGAAAAAUGGCCUCAAAAGUCCAAAGUAUAAACCUAUCGACUAUGAACAGCUACAUGCAAUUACUGAAGCCAAGAAAUUAGAAUCUACUAACAUCUUGUUAAAGAUUAAAAAGACCGAGUACGCUUCAAAAAUUAACAAAGAACAAAUGCUGUUGAAACGGCAUAACAAAGUGUGGUGGAACGAGCACAAGAGACUGCAUGAAAGCAGGCAAAAGCUUGAAUCUGAAAUACAAACCUUCUUUGAUGAAGGAAGUGAAUGUUUUUUGGACUUGUGGGACUUGCGCUAUAAAUUAUCAAAAGAAUUGGAUGCAUUUCAAGCCAAUACAGUACAACCCAUCUGGCAGCUAAGAGAAGACUUAAGGUUCAGACUGUUGGAAAUGCAGACCAACAGCGAAUGUCCGGAAUAUAAAUUUAAUCCAGAUGCAGUGUUAGAAGAGGUAGAAUUUGUGAAGAAACAACAGAAAAUAAUUUUGGAAAAGCUUCAGCUUGAGAAAGUGGUUUUGGAACAAGAGAUUGAAGAAUUCACAGAUGAAGCAUUGGCAUGUUCUUUAAAAGAGAGGACUGCACUCUUUCAUGAGAUUCCGCCACAGUUAUUGGCCUUGGAAUGCCCAUAUCCUGAUCUGAAAGCUUCGGUGUUUACGGAAUUUCAUAAACUUGCAGAUGCAUAUUGGCAGAAGUUCCAAGAGAUUGAUCAAGACUUAAAAGUCAUAUUGAGCGCUUUCCAAUGGAGUAAAGAAGAUCUUUGGGUUUAUCAGGUUGUCAUUAGUCAGUACCCAAGUGACAUGCAAGGCAGAAGAACUCUCUACUUGGAUAUGCUACAGAAACUUCUACCUCACAAGUCUAGGCAAAAUCUUGUUGCUCAUGAAAGGGCUUGGGACCACUACCAUUUUAUGAGAAAUCAGUGGAGAGCUUUGCUGUUCAACUGGGUCCAGGCGAGAAAAGCUUUUUUGCUGAAGGCGGUAAUGACUUUGAGUGAAGCUUCUGCUGCUCAUGAGACAGAAAUGAUGUUGGCUAAUAAUAGAAGAAAACAACAGGAAAUAUGUGCGGAUCUCAAAGAAAAGGUUCUACAGUGGCGCGCACAGCAGGAAGAGGCUGCCCAAUUGGAAGCUGCUAUCGCCACCAGAAGAAAGGAAAAGGAAGAAGAAAAUGAGAAGUUUAGAAGAGAAAAAGAAAUGCUUCAGAGAGCAGAGGAUAAAGAAAAAGUGAAAAAGUACUGGGCUGACAAGCAAUGCAAGUGGCAAGAACUGGAAGCAAGAGAUCUAUUGCGUUUGGCGGGAUUUAAGAAAUUAAUGGCUGAACAAGUCAUUAAAGACAAAGAAAGAGUUCAAUUUAGACAAAAGCUGUUGGAAAAGCGAUUGAUGGAGAAAAGAGAGGCAAUCCUUAAAGAAGCCCACGAGGAAGAAGAAAGGAAGAGGCGUCUUGAUGCUCUCAGGCAACAGGUUGCUAUAGUUGCAGAGUUUGAUCCUGCCCGAAUGAUGGCUGACACGGUGGCAUCUAAAGCUCGGAUGGGCAUUGGAACGGAAGAAGAAUUUGUUCUGCUGAAGCCUCUGUUUGAGUUGUAUACAUUCAGCACUGAGCAGAUCAUUUCUGACACCCGUGUUCGGGUGGAGCUAGCUCUCCGAGAAGCUGGACUUCAUAGAACACUUUACGCUCAAGAACUUUUACCUAAAAUCCCUCCACCCAAACUCCCAAGGAGAGACAUGGACUCCACAAUCUUCAAAAUGUAAAAGUGGGAACCU